CUCUCGAAGUCGUCGCCUUUUGCCCUCUUCUGCGCUAGUGUGGCUUGUGUUGCCAGUUUAGCGGCAGCGAAAUUACUAAGUUAACUGAUUAAUUUGCUUGGUGCCAGAGCAUACGCAGCCGCGUGCUUCGUACUCUUCUUUUGUGUGAUUACGGAAGCAGUUUGUGUUCCACACCUUGAAAAAACGACUGAUGAACCGACGUUGACCAGCAGUUGGCUUGAUAGGCUUAGUGAUCUGAUGCAUGCGUGUAAACAGCUACGAACAGCGUCAGCCCAUUUUGGGUACUUUUAAGUAGGAGCCCUUUGCUUUUGUCGGGUGACCAAGAUGAACAGUAAAAGCUGCCUCGCGGUUGCAGCCGAGGCUGCGGAAAGAGUAAACGCAAUGCUUGUCGCCAAGGGAAAGUUGAAGAUCAAUGGCGUCACUGGCCGCAGUUCGGGAGACUUGUUCACAACCGAAGUGGAGAUAAACGAUGCGCCCUUACCUGCGCGCAACGUGUUGACGAAGGGAAUUUUCCAGGAGGAGAUAUGCCGUUCGACUGGCGCAGUUAUGUCUACAAGGGGUCGAUACAUGAGUGGAAUGGAAAAGUUAAAUUCGGGAUCAGGAGACAGAGCAUUGUAUUUGCAUAUUCAAGCCUCAACAGUGGAUGCGAUUGAAAAGGCCAUGGCACGAAUCAACAUGGUGAUUCGAGAGCAUGCCAAGGAUGAUCUGAAUUUCACAGCCAAUGACCCCACUGCAGAGCUUGUGCAGCAGCAAAUUGCCGAGUCAAACGCUAUGGCAGCGGCUGCUAUCAGCCUGCUCACAGCCCAGGCAGCUGGACAUCACUACAUCCAAGACAAAAUAUUUGUGGGCCUUGAACAUGCUCCAAUGACUUAUCCGGUACGAGAGAAGAUUCUUGGACCUGAGAGUGCCUACCUUGAUCACAUCAAAACGACAACGGGUGCCAAUGUGACCCUUCGUGGGAAAGGUUCUGGAUUCUUAGACCCAACUUCGGGUAGGGAAGCAUUCGAACCACUUCACAUUCACAUCACGCAUCCGACUUUAGAAGGGCUGCAAGCUGCCAAGUCACUGGCUAUUAGCCUGAUCCAAACAACGCACACAGACUUUGCAGAGUGGCAGCAACAACAGCUGGCGGCCUUGACAUUCCAAUCUGCCAUGACCCAGGCUGCUGCCAAUCAACAACUGGCAUCAGGUGCACCUGUCAUCACAGGCCUGGGCCAAGUCUUCCAGCCUGUUGCAACUGCAGGAGAAGUGCAAGCUCAGGGCAUUCUGGUGAGCCCUGGAGUGAUGGGAGCCCAGUCAGCGUCCUUCGUGCUGCCCAUGUCACAAGGCAUGCCUUCAAGUGUGAGCUACGUGACGGCACUACCUCAGACUCAGGCAACUGUAGUGUACCCGACGCAAGCUGUCAUGGCCGCUCAGACUGCCAUGGCUCAGUUGCAGCCACAGCAGAUACAACAACUACAGCAGCAUCAACAGCAGCAGCUGCAACAACACCAGCUGCAACAGCAGCAGCUGCAGCAACACCAGCUGCAGCAACACCAGCUGCAGCAACAGCAGCUGCAACAGCAGCAAUUACAGCAACAGCACCUGCAGCAGCAGCAGCUUCAACAGCAGCUCCAGCAACAACUGCAGCAGCAACAGAUUCAUGAGGCUCAACAUCAGGCUCAGCAACAGCUUCAGCAGCAGGCACAGCAGCAAGCAGAACAGCAACUUCUUCAACAGCAGCAACAUGCACAGCAAUUACAGCAGGCUCAGCAGCAGCAGCAACAGCAACAGCAGCAGCAGCAGCAAGCGCAGGCAGCCACACUCCAAGCGUCUCGGCUUUUACUUCAGCAGCAGCAGUUGCAGCAGCCUGGCCAGCUCCCAGCUACACUACAGCAGCCCUAUCAGGUGGCUGUUCCACCACCAUCACUGCAGUCUACCAUCACAUCUGCCACUGUAUAUCCUCACCUGAGACACCAGUAUGCUCAGUAUGCUGCUAAGAAAUAUGAUGUUCCACCACCAUCACAUGCUGUGCCAGCGGUUGCAACUAUAUCGGCUUCAUCAGAUGUCUCGCGGACUGGAGGAGUGUCAGCGUCAGUGGUGACUGGAGCACCUGCUGCAUCAGCCACCAUUGUGGCACCGACCAGCCCCACUGUUGCUCUACCGUCAACAAAUGUGGCAGUGCCCCUGCCGACAGAUACGUCUGUACCACCACCCAAUAUGGCUGUGCCCCCGCCUGUCAACACAGUGGUGCCUCCUCUCGGUAAUGUGCCAGUGCCAUCUCCAGGGAACACGACUGUGCAGCCUCAACCAAGCCAAACCGUUGUGCCGCCAACGGCUGUGGUCCCAUCAGCUGACACAACUGUGCCCCCACCAACAAACACGACUGUGCCCCUGCCUGCCAACACAGCUGCACCACCACCACCUACCGACACAUCGGUGCCACCUCCCAACUACAGUGUAAAUGACGGCUGGAGGUUUCGUGUCCCACCACCAUCUAUGACUGUCCCCCCACCUUUGUUCCCGUCAGCACAAGCUUCAUCUUUGGAGUCCACACAUGUAUCCGUGCCUUCAAAGCCAUCAACACCACCGCCAUCAUCACGCUCUUAUACAAACCACAAUGAUGCAAAGACAUCUCCACCUGCAGCCAGGCAGGCAGCAUCAACACUGUCUGCCUCCUCCCAGGCAGCAUCAUCAUCUAGCCUCACACCUCUUUACUAUCGAAGUUUGCGGCCACAGGCCAAGUCGUCAUAUUUGAGCAGUUACCAGGCAUCAGCACUACCAGAGGAGGAGUAUAACAACUAUGCGAAACCAACAUUGCGGACUAAUGGUAGCAGCCUGUCAAGCACGUCGUUAGCUGGUUCUGGUGACACUUCUGCCAGUCACUCAGCUGAGAACAGGACCAAGAAGUCAGACUGGGAGAUGAUGCCUCCUCCAUCUCAGGCCAAGCCUACACAACCAAGAAUCAGCUCACUGGUAUCAUACACCUAUCCGAACUUGAAGCGACCAGGGGAUUCCGUGGCCAACUCAGACUGGAAGAGGCCAAGAGGUGCCCUCUAGGCUCAGGCAAAAUUGCCUACAUCUGGGAAAAGCCACUUCUGCAUGACAGUCGUCAAGGUCUGGUGGGUCCCAAUAGUGUUGGUCUGUAGAAUCCAAAAUGGCCAAGUUUUCAUAACAUACAUUCUACAUGAAGGAGGCUUGCUGGCCUAAUAGUAUUUAGUCUUUCUCCUCUCGUAUACGUCUUGGAUGUGUCCUGUAAAAAGUUUUUCGAAUGUAAAUAUACGAGUGAAUUUACUUUAAUGUCAGUGUCGAUCACAAAUCAUCUGUAAAUAGUAUUGUGCUUUCCCUGUAACGUGAGGUACAGGGUCAGGAGUGCAUAUUUUAUUUGGGAAUAAAAAAUACUGUGAACAGACCUUUGCAUGUUGCUGUUUCAUUUGUGCAAGCUUCUUA